UUAGGUAACUUUGUGUGGGACUCUUCUAAAACGAUCCCCUCCAAGGGACUAGUACGCUCCAUUUUCGUGUAACAGUCCAAGCUUGAACGAACGGGUCGCUUUCACACACUUCAGAAUCCCAUAGGCUAAAGCAGAAUCCAAGAAAAUAAAAGUUUAGAUCCAACACAUUGUUUCCCUCUAUUCUCCACUGUGUACAAACAGAAACAAGAACAGCAAACACAGAAUUCAAGAUGGAGGACCUAGCGCAGGUUCUAGGGUUGAGCGCAACGAGGGUGGCGAGCGCGGUUAUAUCGGCGGCGCAUAAUGCCAGUGCGCACCGCCGGAACUGCGAGCGCUUGGUGGAGCAGGUGAGGAUGAUAGGGAACCUGCUGGCGACGCUGGAGUCGACUGAGGUGGCACGGCUGCCGGCGACAAAGGAACCGUUGGACGGUCUCCAAGAGGCUCUGCGGGAAGCGUUGGAAUUGGUGGAAAGUUGCAAAGACAAGAGUUACCUUUACAUGCUUGCCAUGGGUUGGAGCGUAGUGAAUCAGUUCCGCCACGUUCAGACGCAGAUCGAUCGUCACCUUCAACUCGUGCCCCUCAUCUCCGCUGUUCACGAUUUUCGUAUGCAGCACCUCAGCGAAGAGGAUCAAACGGAAUACACUCUGGAUGAAGAAGAAAUGGAGACCCAAAAUGUGAUACUAAAGACUAAUCGAUCUAAGAAGGAUGCAGGUAUAUUGGAGAAGUCCUUAUCUCGUAGGUACCCUGAUCUGGGCUUCCACGAGGCCCUCAAAGAGGAGAAAGAAAAACUGCAUAUUGAACUACAUAGAUCAAGAACCAAUAAUGACCCAGAGCAAUGCAGGGUAAUUGAACAUCUUAUUGAAGUCACAGAAAAUGUUGUCAGCGUGUCACCUAACGAAAACGUUGCAAAAGUCAUUUUCAAUGAACCAACUGAUUUGAUAUCAAGGCAUAUAACUAACAGUGCAAUAGCAUUUGAGGACCUCGAGUUGGAUUCUGGAGAUAAAAGUCAAUCAGAAUGGGAGACUGAUCUCUUUGCUUGCUGCAGUGAGCCUUGCUUAUGCUUGAAGACCUGCUUCUUCCCAUGUGGAACAUUUUCUUGGAUAGUUAAUGUGGUUACCAGGGGAGAAACUUCUCGAAAACGUGCAACGACUAAUCUUAUGGCUUACUCCAUAUUCUGUGUUUGCUGCUGUUAUUCUUGUUGCAUACGAGGGAAAUUGCGUAGCAAAUUUAACAUUGAGGGAGGUCUGUGCGAUGACUACUUGACACAUCUAAUGUGUUGCUGUUGUGCACUGGUUCAAGAGUGGCGUGAGCUUCAGCUCAGGGGUUUGGGAGAUUGCAGAGAAAGAAGGAUGUUUCCUCCUCGGAACCAGCACAUGGAGUCAUGAACUUUCCAAAUUUCUCUUUUUCCUAAACAAUAUAGUAAGUUUGUGCAGUCAAGAAAUCCAACG